AUACCAAACAGUGAAACACAAAAGAUAUUCCCUUCCCCGCGUGACGAGGUCAAAUCACACAGCUGUUUUUGGUAUUCAGCUGAUCUUUGUUGUGUGGAAGGCAGUGCGCGAGCCCCAGAAAUGUCUGGUGAAUCGUGUGCCCACGAAUAAAGUAAAAAUCGAAGCAUAUUUAUAUAUAUAUGCUUGGUCGCAUGUUGUUAUUCCCUAACUCAUCCUACCAUUUGCACUUUCUUAUCAUUAUAUUUCUUUUAUUGUUUCCUGCGUCAGUGCCAGGCGGUGACGUAAUUGGUCUAUACUCAGCCAUCUAAUUCUUGUUGACAAAUUGAAGAUUGUGCAUUUGGGGGACAAAUCCGAUCAUUUAGCGCCCUGCAGUUUCCGUGAUUGUUGGAACUGGGGUUAGGCAAGUUUGAACGUCGAAUCGCGUGCUCUGGGGGUGGUGUACAAAGUGUCUUCCAAAAACAAUUCUGGCCUCUGCUGGCGUUCACGAGGGGGGCGAAGGUGGAUCUCCGCCUCGCAAGAAGUCCCGUAAAGACAGUAAAAGUGACCAUUUCGCGAUGACGAGCAACGGACUUGUGCAAAACGGAGCAUCCGCCGCCUCUGACACCUCCGCCGCCGCCUCUACCAGUAGCAAUAAUUCGGCAGAAAAUGGACUCGAUGGGGGAACUGCGUCACUGCAGCUAACACAAUCUCAUCAAGACAUUGUUAGACUCAUUGGCCAGUUUCUGAAAAAUGAAGGACUUAGUCAAACAGCUGAAUCUCUUAUGGCUGAAUCUGGUUGCCGAUUGGAUCAUCCCUCAGCAGCCAAGUUUCACACCCACAUCUUGGAUGGGGAUUGGUCAAAAGCUGAUCAUGACUUACAAGAGUUGCGACCAUUACUUGGACAAUCACACAGCUUAGUUGAGAUGAAAUUUUUGUUAUUAGAACAAAAGUAUCUAGAAUAUUUAGAGGAUGGUAGAGUUCUGGAUGCAUUGCAUGUUUUAAGAAAUGAAUUGACACCUUUGCAACAUAACACUGCCCGCGUGCAUCAGCUCUCAAGUUAUAUGAUGUGCUCCAGUACCCAAGAACUUCUAGCGAGAACAAAUUGGGCUGGUAAAGGUUCAAAAUCUCGUUCUGCCUUAAUGGACAAAUUACAGUCCUAUUUGCCUGCCAACAUAAUGCUGCCUCCUAGUAGAUUAAGAGUUCUGCUCAAUCAAGCUGUCGAACUACAAACAAUGCGCUGCCAACAUCAUAAUACUUCCCAUGGUAUUUGUUUGAACAACACAUCAUUGCUGGUCGAUCAUUGUUGUCCUAAGGAUGACUUUCCAACACACACUAUACAAGUGCUUAAUGAUCACUGCGACGAAGUUUGGUUUUGUACUUUUUCUCCGGAUGGUAAGAAAUUGGCAACCGGGUCAAAGGAUAGUAAUGUGUUCAUAUGGGAUGUGAAUCCAGAAACUUGCACUUUGAACUUGAGGAAUACAUUGGUUGGUCAUAAUUAUGGCGCUGCUUACUUAUCUUGGAGCCCAGAUUCUACUCAUCUUCUGGCCUGCGGUCCGGAUGAAAGUCCCGAGGUGUGGCUUUGGAAUAUCAAAACUGAAAAAUGUUUGAAAAUAUCUCAAUCCCAAGAAGAUGUACUUACUUGUUGUUCUUGGAACAAGGACGGGAAGAAAUUUGUUGUUGGCGGCAUUCGAGGACAUUUUUACCAAGCUGAUAUGGACGGAAAUAUAUCUGAAAAUUGGGAAUGUGUUCGUGUCAAUUGUCUAUGGUGUAGAUCUGAUGGAAAAACCGUCUUAGCUUCAGAUACACAUCAUAGAAUAAGAAGCUACGUACUUGAAGAUUUAACUGAUCAACACAUUUUGCAAGAAGAACAUCCAAUCAUGUCAUUUACGGUAGAUAAAAAUGAUAGACUAGCCUUGCUGAAUGUGGCAACUCAAGGGGUUCAUCUUUGGGACUUGAAAGAUAAAUGCUUGAUAAGAAGAUUCCAAGGUGUUACUCAAGGACAUUUCACCAUUCAUUCAACCUUCGGAGGUGCAAAUCAAGAUUUCAUAGCUAGUGGAAGUGAAGAUAAUCAAGUUUAUAUAUGGCAUACAAGAUCGGAGCAUCCAUUGGCCACGUUAAGCGGUCAUACAAGAACAGUAAAUUGCGUCAGUUGGAAUCCGGUAUAUCCACAUAUGCUGGUUUCCGUCUCGGAUGAUUGUACGAUACGCGUUUGGGGCCCGAAAGAUCGCAUUUCAAAACCCUCAGUGUCUUCAAGCUCAACGAGCAGCAACUCCUCGAAUAAUGGAAAUGGCUGGAGUUGGAAUGAUAUGGUGUCAUAGUUAAGGAAGAUUGGCUUCAACAAUUUUAUUAUUAUUAUAUCUCAUAUUAUUAUUUUUUAUAAUUAAAUACUAUUUUGUAAAGAAAACAAUGUAUUAGCUUCGUGCAAUUUAAACGAAAGAUGAUGACAAAAAAAUAACUAAACAAA